AUGGCAACAAGCGCUGAGCUCGACUUUGUCACCUUAGACGUCUUCACCUCCAAGCCAUACCAAGGCAACCCGCUAGCCAUUGUGCGCAUACCUAGCAGCCGCACACUAACUCAGGAACAGAAGCAGGCCAUUGCACGAGAAUUCAACCUUUCCGAAACAACUUUCCUGCAUGAGAAUGCGGAGGGUGAAGCCAAUCUAGCAUGGACCGUGGACAUCUUCAUGACAUCGCGGGAACUACCGUUCGCAGGACACCCCACAGUGGGUACGGCGUGUUACGUCCUAGGACGAACUGCUCAGGCUCAGGGCCUGGACCAUGGCGUCAUCGAGGCUGCCUUCAGCUUGAAAUCUGGACCGGUACGGCUACAAUACGACGUGGCCAAGAAGACGGCCAAGGCUUCGAUACCUCACGAUGUACACGUUCAUGAAAAGAGAUAUACCAACGAGAUGCUCUUCAAAGUACAGCCUCAGUUGGAAGAAGCUCAUAGCCAGGGCAAGAUCAAAGUAAAGAAUGACUUCCCCAUAGUUUCCAUUGUCAAAGGCAUGACGUUUGUUCUGGUUGAGCUGGAGAGCGUCGAGGCCUUGGCCGUGGUGUCGUUGGCUGGCCAAUCCCUUGCGAUCAAUGGCCUGGAUGAAGGUUGGGAUGAGACCUUUGUUGGCAUGUAUUUUUUUGUUCGAGUGGCAAACAAGGACCAAGGAGUGACGGCACUGAGGACGCGGAUGAUCGAGGGUCCGUUGGAAGAUCCAGCUACUGGAAGUGCUGCCAGUGAUCUGGCAGCCUAUCUCUCACUGACCGAAGGUGGAGCCAACAAGACGUUCCAGUACGAGAUCGUGCAAGGCGUAGAGAUGGGGAGGCGUAGCGAGAUUCUCAUCGAUGUCGACAUGAAUGAAAACGGGUCUAUUUCGGAGGUCCGUCUCGAAGGUGGCGCGGUUCAGGUUAUGAAGGGGCAAGUGGUUGUCUGA